UUCCCUCUCUUUAAUGGCACAUUGUGGCCGCCGAGGUGGAGAACAGUUUGGUGAGAGCUGAUGUUGUUGGACUCCGCCAUCAUUUGCCGCCUACGGGGCUCCUCUGAUCUGCUCACCGUUGCCGCCUCCCACGCCGCGCUCCUCAAGUCGGGCGCCCGCACUGUCUCCGUCUUCAACCAUCUCAUCAACGCCUACGUGCGACGCGAGGCCGUCCCUGACGCACACAAGCUGUUCGACGAAAUGACCGUGCCCGACGUGGUAUCCUGGACCUCCUUGAUGGCCGGCUAUGUCCACGUCGCCAGGCCCGAUGACGCCUUAUCUCUGUUCCAUUACAUGCUGAACUGUGAGGCCCAGCCAAAUCCUUUCACUUAUGCGACGGCCAUCAAUGCCUGCUCUCGCCUUGCUGACCUCGCAUUGGGUCGGACGAUCCAUGCCCGGAUGGAGACCUGCGGCGUCCGAUCGGACGUCGUCGUCUCCUCUGCUCUCCUCGACAUGUAUGGCAAAUCCAACGAAGUCGACGAUGCCCGUAAGAUCUUCGAUGACAUGAUCGAAAGGAACGUGGUUUCUUGGGGUUCAAUGAUUUCAGCCUACGCUCAGAAUGCCCGCGGCCAUGAGGCACUUGCUCUUUUCGGGGAAUUCCUUCAAGCGAGCUCUUCAAUGAGCUUGGUUCCGAAUCACUUCAUGUUCUCCAGUGUCGUCAAUGCUUGUGCUAGCGUGGGAAGACUAGGCUUGGGGAGAUCGUCACAUGCAUCAAUCGUUUGCCGUGGAUAUGAUUCCAAUGAGGUUGUUGCGGGCGCAUUAAUCGACAUGUAUUCAAAAUGUGGAUCCAUUGACUAUGCAAGAAAGGUGUUCGAUCAUAUUGAGUGUCCUUCUUUAGUCCCAUACACCUCCAUGAUCAUAGCAGCAGCAAAGUAUGGACUUGGGAACCAGUCACUGGAACUGUUCGAUGAGAUGAUUGCUCAGGGAGUGAAGCCUAAUAGCAUCACCCUCCUUGGCGUCCUCCAUGCUUGUAAUCACUGUGGCCUCGUGGACAUUGGCCUCCUGCACCUGAAUUCAAUGAGAGACAGACAUGGCAUUGCACCGAGCAUGAGACACUAUACCAGUGUGGUCGACAUGCUUGCCCGUGCAGGUCGUCUUGAUGAAGCCCACGAGCUCUCCAAACAAGUUAAGGCUGAAGGUGAUGAUGCUCUGAUGAUAUGGAGUUCCCUGCUCUCGGCUUGCAGGACAUUCCAGCGGUUGGACAUUGCAGCUGAGGCAGGGAAGAAGCUUGCAGAGUUCAACCGAGACGUGGCUGGUGCAUAUGUGGCAAUGUCGAAUGCCUAUGUGGCAGUUGGGCAGUUGGAGAGUGCGACGAGGAUUUGGGCCGAGAUGAGCAGGCGGGGGAUCAAGAAGGAGCCUGCUUGCAGUUGGGUUGAGCUCAAGGAUGUAGCUUAUGUGUUCUACACUGGGGAGGUUUCAUCAGCUGGUCCAAGACAGGUGGAGUUGAUGGAGUUGUUGAAGGAGUUGGAGAGAAGGAUGAGGGAGAGGGGAUAUGUUGGUGGAGGGAAUGGGUGGGGGUUGGAUGGUGUGGAGGAGGGAGAGGAAGGAAAGGGAGUGAUGGUUGGAGUGCACAGUGAGAGGCUGGCUUUGGGGUUUGGGCUUAUAAGCACACCUAAAGGGAUUACCAUCAGGGUGAUGAAGAACUUGAGGAUGUGUAAGGACUGUCAUGAGGCAUUUAAGUUGAUCAGUGACAUUGUUGAGAGGGAGCUUGUGGUGAGGGACUUAAAUAGGUUUCAUCAAUUCAAGAAUGGGUCUUGCACCUGCAGAGAUUACUGGUGAUUGUAUCAUUAUCUACACAAAAGCAUGACAUGCUACCAGUCUACUAUCUGGAUGCCUCUUGAGGACCUUAAUGGCUGGGGUUUCUGUAAGAAAUGGAAUUAAGGAGAGAAAGGGAACAGAGUGAUGGUUGGAGUGCAUGGUGAGAGGAAAAGGAAUGACCAUCAGGGUGAUGAAUAACUUGAGGCUGUUAGGGACUGUCAUCAGGCAUUUAAGCUGAUCAGUGACAUUGUUAAGAGGGAGCUUAAGUGGACUUGAAUGGAUUUCAUUCACCUGUUCAAGGAUGGGUCUGGCACCUGCAGAGAUUGCUAACGAUUGUACCAGUAUCAACACAAAAACCCUAUUUACUAUGUGUUGGUUGCACCAGCACUUGAAUACGUCUGGCAUGCAAGACAAUGUGAUCAGUCUGCUAUCUGGAUGCCUAUUAAGGGUCUUAUUGGCUGGGUUUCUACAAAAUGGAAUUGUGAGGAUCAUCAAGGUGUUCACCUAUCAUUUCUGAUCCUAUUCUUCCAUGUGAAAUCCUAAAUGAGGAUAAUUCAGCUGAGUGCAGCUGUAUGAAUAGUUGCUGAUAAUAUGGUGAAGUGUCACUAAGAUUGCUUCUUUUGUUAUCUAGGUGAUAAAGCUUGAGGCGUGAUAACAGUGUCUCUGUUUACAAGGAUAAGACUGCAUGUAUCGAUCCUUUCCAGAUCUCACAUUGACAGGAGUCUUGUUCAUUGGUCUACACUUUUGUGAUGGUGAAGGAUAUAGAUUAAGAUGAUUCAUAAUGGACAUAAGAGAGAAAGAAAGCGAGAGGGGAAAGCAAGCAUGUAGGAUGAACUGACAAGGAUAGAGACAGUAACUGCAUUGAAAAUUAAGUCGUAUCAGCUGAAUGGAGGUUGCUUUGUCAGCAUUUCGUUCUCAGAAUUUGUUGAUACAAAGGAGCAUAUCCUCUAUUAUCCCUAUUGUCAUGAUUUUUUGUGCACCAGGUAAAUUUUAUAAAAUUAGAAUUGAUCAUUACCAUAGGGCAGCACUAAAUUUUCAUGAAGCAACCGCAUGAACUUUUAACACAAAUACUAGCAGAUGGCUUUUUUUGGAUAGAACCUCAGGGUUCUCUUUUUUCUGUAUGGCUGAUGAGAAACAAACAUAAAUACUAGCAGCGAAGCAUCAUCUUUAAUGAAGAUGUUGACAGCAAAGGAGUAUAGCAUCAAGGUGGCAUUAAGUUCUGAAGUCAUUGGCAGGCUGAAAUCUUAAAGAUGAGCAAACAUGGAGAAUUAUUUGCAUCACUGAGAUAUUAUAUUGGUAAUAUUACAUAUCUAUAAGCUGCAGUACAUCAGAAGCCUAAGUUUACUGGAUAGUUGAUGCACCUAACUACAUCCUCCUAUACUGCCUUUCCAAAUUGAUAGCUUGUGAGUGGACUAAAACCAUUGAUUAAUGGGAGAAUCAACUGAUCAGCCAUGCUCUGCUGAUCUUGGCAUC